AUGUUUGUCCUCGGCCGCCACAAGAUGAACAAGAGGAUAUUACGCGCCCUCCUGGUCACUGUAUCCGUCUUCAUCUUUAGUAUUCUUCUUACUUCGGACCAUCAUGGCUGGCCGUUUGACCUCCCCGACCUUGGUGUUUUCCCAUCGUUUGGCUUCAGUGAGCAAUACCGAACAACGGAGCCACCAGGCACAUGGGAAAACCACCCCGUCGUACUUCUUCACCAGCGAGCAAAACAAAGAUUCGGCCAUCUCAUUCGGCGACAAUCACGAACUGCCGAAGAUGCAUCGAUCGAAUACAAGCGACGUUACCGCCGCGAUCCUCCUCCUGGCUUCAGCGGGUGGGCACAACAUGCGAUUCAGUUAGGGUCACCCAUCAUCGACGACUUUGAUAUCCUCUCCCAUGGCGUCCGUCGCUUCGCUCAUCUGAGUGCCACCGAUAUACGCCGUCGCAUGGAGGAUGCAGCUCACGGAAAUCCAAGAGUUGAACGAUGCAGGUUUGGCGAUAACAAUGGCCGCAAAGAGUUUGAUCAAGGCUGCCGGCAUUUUGCAGGCCCACUGACAAGGCUGCUGGACAGCGCCGGUGCUCGUCACCUGGUUCCAGAUGUCGAUUUUCUGAUCAACUUCCUGGAUGAGCCCUCAGUCUUGGUUACCCAGAAAGCGAACUCGUCGUUGAGCCAAAGCGAUCCCGUCUUGCCAUGGGCGGAUCUCUCGCAUAGUCCGAUAUCAGCAGUGGUCAAAAGUGCAUGCAGCUUGCUUGACGGCUUGGCCACGCUUCCGAGUACAGAUUCAAUCGCCACAGGACUUGAGACGGAUCUGACGUUGGAAGUGCCGUUAGUCCAAGAUGUCGCCAAGGCCAAGGAUCUUUGCCAGAAUUCGAACUACGUAUCAUCUCAAGGCCUUCUUAUGUCCCCUCCAACUUUCAAGCACAUGGGCUCGCUAGUGCCUAUACUUUCACAAGCCGCGCCGGUACCGUUUGCCGACAUACUAUACCCAGCGACGCACUACAGCUUACGAACUAGUCUGUACAACGGCUGGUGGGACAGAAGAUGGAACAAAAAGAAGAAUGCCGUUUACUGGGCUGGGUCCUCAACGGGUGGCCACUGGUCAGACAAGGAUUGGAUGCAGGGGCACAGACAGAGGCUAGCAACGUUUGGCGUGGACCAAGGCUACGCCGGACGAGAGUUUGUGUACCUGCGUCACGCGCCACUGACCAAUGGCGGCGUUAACAGCAAUGUCGGGUUGCAGUCUUACCACGCCGGCGCCCCCGACGUUUCUGUAUACGAUGUGUCACUGACCAAGAUCGUGGGCUGCGCGUCUGAAAGUGCGUGCGAUGCCCAAAGACGCUUUUUCGGUCUACCGACAGAUGGCAACAAGUCGCCCAGUCUUAAUUCGGAAUCGCGCCCCUUCCGGUACAAGUUUGUGCUCGACGUCGACGGCAACAGUUACAGCGGACGUUUUUACCGAUUCCUUGCAUCACACAGCUGCCCGUUGAAAGCCUCCAUCUUCCGCGAGUGGCAUGACGACAGACUUGUACCGUGGCUGCAUUAUAUACCGAUUGGCAGUCCCCCCGAUGACCUACCAGAACUUGUGAGGUUUCUGACGGAGACUGGGGACGGCCAGAAGAUUGGUCAUAGCAUUGCGGAAGCAGGGCGGGAGUGGUAUGGCAAGUCUAUGACGCCGAUGAAUCAGGGUCUUUACAUCUACAGGCUCAUGCUCGAAAUAGCCUGGCUUUUGGACGAGAGAAGGAGUCCCAUCCAGUCGAACUGA